CCAACGAUGAUUAUGACUCUGCGCUAACCUGUCAGUUUGCUUUGCGCGAAUUUGAUGGUUGUUUGUCACGUCCGCUCCAUUCAAUGAAAUACUUAAAUAUGUAAAUAUGCAAUUGAAUUGCAAAAAUCAGUGGUCACAGUGUAAUUUUUUAUUUUAAAUUUCUGUACGUAUGAGGUAUUAUAAAUCAAUAACUUAGUACAAAAUGUCAGAGAUUCGUAAAAGAACAGUUGGAGAUGCGUCGACAGAAACGCGGGAUGUCAGUGAUAAUCAGAAGGAAGAUGUGGAAUCUGAGGAUGAUGCAAAAUUAGAAGUGGAGGAAUUGGGUAAAACUUUACCUCAAGGGACUGAUCAUACUCCGCACAUUUUGGAUUCAGUCCUUUCUGGCUUAUCGGAUCGAUGGAAAAAUUGGGUAAUCAGAAGUAUUUUUACCUUGUUUAUGAUCAUUGGAUUUUGUGGCAUUAUUUAUGCUGGACCAUUAGCACUGAUGGCGACGACGUUAAUUGUGCAAGUGAAAUGUUUCCAAGAGAUUAUUAACAUUGGAUAUGCAGUUUAUAGAAUUCAUGGUUUACCAUGGUUUCGAUCUCUUUCAUGGUAUUUUUUAAUUACUUCCAACUACUUCUUUUAUGGGGAAAAUUUGAUGGAUUAUUUUGCUGUAGUGAUUAAUAGAACAGAGUAUUUACGUUUACUUGUUACAUAUCAUCGUUUUAUUUCAUUUUGUUUAUAUAUCGUUGGUUUUGUAUGGUUUGUACUGUCACUUGUGAAAAAAUAUUACAUGAAACAAUUUUCUCUAUUUGCUUGGACACACGUUGCUUUACUUAUUGUUGUGACCCAGAGUUAUCUUAUAAUUGCAAAUAUAUUCCAAGGCUUGAUAUGGUUCAUUGUUCCAGUUAGUAUGAUAGUGAUAAAUGAUAUAAUGGCAUAUAUGUUCGGCUUUUUCUUUGGCAAAACACCUUUAAUUAAAUUGUCACCUAAAAAGACUUGGGAAGGUUUUAUAGGAGGUGGUAUUUCAACAGUAAUACUUGGUUUGGUGAUAUCAUACAUCAUGUGUCAGUACCGUUACUUUGUUUGUCCCAUUGAAUAUAGCGAAGCCUUAGGACAAAUGACAAUGGACUGUGAACCAUCUGCUUUAUUUCAACCUCAAGAAUAUAAUUUACCCACUAGUUUACAAGUUAUGUGGAAAAUGAUUAGUGGAAAGUCUACUGUAUCUUUAUAUCCAUUUUUACUCCAUUCAUUAUCAAUGUCAGUAUUCAGUUCUGUAAUUGGACCAUUUGGAGGUUUCUUUGCCAGUGGCUUUAAGAGAGCAUUCAAAAUUAAAGAUUUCGGAGAUAUUAUUCCUGGUCAUGGUGGAAUAAUGGAUAGAUUUGAUUGUCAGUAUUUAAUGGCAACAUUUGUAAAUGUUUAUAUAUCUUCGUUCAUUCAAACUGCAUCACCUCAAAAACUUUUACAACAGGUGUACAGUUUAAAACCGGAGCAGCAGUUACAGUUGUUCCAAACGCUAAAGGAUUCAUUAGAACACAGGGGUUUGUUAAAUGUUUAUUGAUGUUCUAACAUGGAUAAUAAUUGAAUGAUUGCCAGCUCCUGUGAAAAAUAGCUGCCCGCUAAAUGGAUCAAGAGGGUUUGGCGCCGGCGAUAAAUAGUAAUUAUCGUAAAUGAUUUCUACUCUUUCAUAAGAUUUGGCCGCGUGGUACAGCACUAGUGCGACGCGGCAAGUAAAAUCCCGUAAGCAUUCUUUUUUCUUUUCCGUCAAAAUUAAUGUUUGAGAAUUUCUACUUCUCCUAUAACGCUAUUUUCCUUACGGAAGUCUACAUGUACACAGUAUAAUAAGUUGAAGUCUUAUAUAUAAAACAAACUAUAUAAGAUAUUGUUCCAAUAAGGGGUUAAAAGUUUAUCAAAAAUAAAUGUGGAUACAUAAGGAAAGUACACAGUUGAAACUGAAUCAGUUCAAUUAAAAUUAAAGACUGAGCGAGUACAUUUUAAACUAAAUGAAAAUAAUAAUGGCUUCACAAAAAGUUGUAAGAAAAAUAAUAUCAACUUCAUUAAGUCCAAAACCUGUUGGACCUUACAACCAAGCAGUACUUGUAGAUCGUACUUUAUAUCUGUCUGGAGUUCUUGGUCUUAAUAUGAAAACUCAGAAGCUUGCUGAAGGAGGUGCUGUUGCUGAAGCUCGUCAAGCCCUCACAAAUAUGGGGCAUAUUU